AUACCACCUUCCUACGCACCCUAGAAUGGGUGACAUGAAAUGGAUUCCCAGUUGGCGUAGUUUACGGCCUAACCAUAAUUUCUCAAUCUCUGCGAAUGUGUGCGUGUGUGGUGCGAUGCAAAUUUUCUCGCGAAAAUUGUUUCCCAGCAGUGUUCUCGCUAGUCGACGACCGACCGACUUAGUCGCCGCUUAGUGGCUCGAAUCGUGCGCGCGGUUUUUAACGCUUCCGAAUGGGUCAACUUGGGAGUUUUUGUGGAUCGUGACGUAACAACACCGCGGGAGUGUUUUUUUUUUCGUUUGAACAGAUGAAGUGUGAUUAUGAAAAUUAAGACGUAGAUAAAUUUGAAAAUCCGAACAGAUAUGAAAUCUGGCGAUUCUCGGUGAUCUGAAACUUGAAAAAAAAAAGAGCAACUGUCGGUUAGUAGUUGCUAUUUUUAGCUGCAACGCGAAUCAUAUGCGGGAAAAGUGAUCUUUUCUGUGGUGAUCCGGUGUUACGCUUAUGUUGAAAAAGUCGUCAAACUGACAGAACCUUGCGUGCGUUAGUUCCUAAUAAUAAGUCUAACCUUUCGUUCGAUUAUUUCACGUAUCGAGAGUGAAACUGAUUUCAGAUUUUAUGCGCAAUGGAACGAUAGUAGAGUCAGUCGCAACAAGGCAGAACUCUUGAUGAGAAAGAUAAAGAAAGACAGAGAGUGAGUGAACUUUUACUAGUUGAAUAAACUUAUGUGAAUAAACUUGUGUGAAGAACAUGCACUAGCGGUUUAGGAAGAAAAAAGCAGCAAGAAAGUGCACCUUAUAAAUGCUCCUGUGUCUGUUAGUGUUUCUAUGGAAGAUGAUAAAAAAUAUGUCCACCAUAACGGCGACAAUACAGCAGGAGCAGCAGCUGGAACUGCUCAAGCAGCAGUUGAUCGAACAUCAGCGGCGAAAGUUGGCGGGCCAUCUGCGGAGGCACUCGCCGCAAACGGCAAAUGCCACGGCUCCCCACUAUCAGAAGUUACGAAAGUUGUCUCGCGAUAAGGCAGCAACAACCGCCGCCAGCAAGGAGAACUUUAUGCUGCAUAGAUUUUUGUUCGGCGACGUAGAAACGAUUCCGGAGAACGGUCCGGUAAUUGUUGGCGUGGUUAGGGGCGAAGUGUCGACGGACGGCAGCGAUAAAGUGAAUUAUUUGAGUGAUGAAGAUCGUAAAUUUCUUCGUAUGUCAGAGCAUUUAAAUCGCCAGAACGGGAAGUUUGUGUUGUCGCAGCAGAAUCAGUACUUCCUCAACCAUCAUCAACAACAGCAGCAGCAGCAGCAGCCACCGGCUGCCCUAGCAAGCAGCCAUAAUCAUUCUCAACGCCGCUAUCUUCAGCAACAAACGCAGCCGAAUUCCCCCAACCGUCGUCCAUUGACUUCCAACGCAAACUUCUGGUCCAAUAACAUUAACAACAACACCUCCAAUUGCAAUGCCCCGCACACAACUCCGACAGGACCAACGGCGGCGCCUUUUGGAGAAGAACAGCAACAGCAGCAGCAGCAUCAGUCCGAUCUAAACGGAGGAAAUCUCAAAGCCAAUGUACAGUUUGUGCUGGACAAUUUGAAUCGAAAUUAUCAUGCCCUGCGGGGGCAAAUACUGAGCAACCAUUAUCUAGUGGCAAACAAAAAUAGCAUCAAUAUCAAACACAAUAUCAACACCAUCAACAACAACAAUCAUACCGGCAGCUGCACCGACGGGAACGGCGGCGGCGGCACCUUCGGAAGCAAUCAUCAGCAGGCUAAUAAUUUAGUGCUGCUGCAGCGAUUGCAGAGUGCAAGCCACCACCAGCAACAGUUGAAGAAGGGAACAAAAAUGGCCAGUCCCGAUUCGGACACCAACUGUAAUCCGUAUCUACCGGCACCGGCUUCGCUGCCGUUGAGCUGUUCGAUCGCUUCGUCGCAGGAUUUCAGCCAUGACUACUCGGACUAUCAGUGGUUUAUGGAUUACGGAAGCUACCGGGACGGAGUUACGCAUCAGAGCAUCCUGUCGGCGUUGUCCGCUUCCUACAACGGUAUCGGAGAACUGUCGUACUACGAGGACCUCGCGAAAAACAUUGACGCCAAUCUGGCCGAGGUGGAUAUGGAAAGUUUUCGUGCCGAAGACAUCCAUUCGCUGCUCAGUACGCUACCGACAAGGAAUAACAAUCGGGGUGAACUGAACGGUUCUUCUGGUGGUGGGGGACAGGUAGCGGAUACUGCGACGGGUGUGGUGGCAACCGAUAUGUUGGAUAAUUCGAUCUGCAAAUCGGAACUGCUGUUCUCACCGGUCAAAGAGUCCCACAUUAGUGUGGACUCGCUCGAUAUGGACGGUUAUCCGGAUGAGGACGACAUUAUACUGACUUGUCAGGCGAAUAAAAACAACUACACGAUUGCGUUCGAGCAGAGCUUGCUGUACUCCGACGAAAGUUUCUACGAUGGACCGGAGAACUACGGUAAAUACAAGCAAAUGAACUUGCUCAACAAUUUGGACCAUAUCAUACGGAAGAAGGCGCAGGAAACGGCCAUGUCCGUCUCCGAGGUGGGUUACACCACCUGGAGUAAGCUGCGGAAAAAUGGCGCUAAUCAAAGGCUUCCCCUGGUGACGACCAAUCCGCUGAUCAAUCAGAUCUCCCGCCAUGCGCCGACUUGCUUCGUGCGCAAGAGUCUCAGCAUGCCGGAUCUGAAGGAAAGGUGCGACCUACUGGCAGCGGAAGCUGCUACUAAUGGCGCAGAGGAAACCCUUGAUCAUGACGACGGCGAUAAAAACCAUCAGCUAAAUGUGUCACAGGCUGCCAACAGCAGCAACUCAGCCGUGAUGACGUCCGGCGAAUCGUACGGCAAGCAGAUGCGUACGCUUCUACCAAUGUACCCGGUACCGACAGAUUUCCGUACCGAGAGUCCGAUUCCGCUAAAGGAUUCCAACUUGAACAGCAAUGAGGAACCAACGCAGAAUCAGCCAUCGUUCAAUCUAGUCAAGCUGUUCAUCAAACAGAAGAGCAGCUCGACCGACACCUGUAUGGACGUUUCAUCCGGCUGCUGGCCUAGCGAUUCCACCAACAGUGCAUCGGGGGGAGAGAACAACAACAACAGCAACACGAAUCUUGCGGUGCUUAGCAGCAAAGACCGUACCCGCAAGAAGAGCAUGAAUGACUCCGGCAAGUGUUCCACCCUGGGACGCCACGAGGAGGAGGAGUUCCAGUUCGACAGUUUGGAUGCACAAAUCAAUAACAACAAUAAUAACAAUGGCACACCGGAUCAGACGGCAGCGGGACAAGAUAAGGUGGACCGAGCGAAAUUGAAUGAUUUUAACUCGCCGGCUCAUAAGCGAAACUACAAGUCCUACAAUCUGAACAUCGCCAACAAAAAUCUACCCGUCGUCAAUCCACUGGUGUACAACCUGAUGAACAAUAAUAGCGGAAGUGUCAGCAACAGUAUUACCAAUAAUAAUAACAAUAACAAUGACAACAAUAGCUUUAAGGACACCAACUCUGAUGCUAGUCGCACGUCGGAAAAUCUGACGCAAAUCUUCAACAACAACGGUUCGAAGACGAAGGUUCCGAUCGAAAUGAUUACCAAAUCGAUGCAGACGUCCUUCAUCGGGACCAGCAGCAGCAAGGAAAAGGUGCGAGUCAUUCCGCCCUCGUUCCUCGAUCGACUGAACAAACUGGGCGAUAAGCAGAAGGCUCCGGUUUUCGUUGUGUACCCGAACUACGUGCUGCCGGAUCUGGGCUUUCUGAAUGCACAGAACGAUGUCGUGAUAUCGCCGAUCUCGUUCAAGGAAAACUGCGGCCAACGGGCAACGCAGCUGCGUAAACCGCGCCCCGUUUCGAUGAAUGACAUUGAGAACAUUAAGGCCAAAGAGUACAAACAUGUGUUGGACUGGAAGUCGCUGAUUACGCUGCUACCGCAGGAGUAUCGCAAGUUGCUGCGCAACGUUCCGGAGGCGAAUGUGUACAGUGCAGCUGAGGAAGGGGCGCUGCAGAAGCCACUUUUCUGCAUGACUCCGCCGCUGCGCCGCGGACGGGGAGUGACCUGUGAUUGUGUGAAUAUUUUGAAUACUCAAACCUACAACAGUUCGAGCUCGGGUGGUAGCUCUAGCCAGCCGCCAAGCUCGGGAUACAGAGGUUCGUCGACGAUGUUAACGGAUUCGGAAAUGGAUUUGCUUGGGCCGGGUGCCGGAAGCGGAGGAUUUAGUAACAAUUUGUACGUGUACCAGUAUGAUAGUCCGGCUGAGGUUACCUCGGCGGACAGACCGCCUUCUGGUAGAGUGGCUCCGAAGAGCAUACUAAGAAGAGCCUCUAAGCCACCGGCCAAGGCUAAGCGUAAUAGUAUGUUUGAGGAGAAUCAGAAGGUUAAACCGAAUGUAGAGAAGCGACGAUCGUUGCAGGAACCGUGUUAUAACUUCUCUGAGGAAAAUUUGAUUUUGGAACAAUCGAUCGACGAAUUGUGCGAUACCGGUAAUAUCAGGAAGGUUAAUAAUUCUCCGAACAUGUCCCAGCAUCAGGCACGUCUUCCGAAUACUCCCAAGCUUCCAUCGGCCGACGAUUAUCACCGACUGAACAAACUGAACGAACUGAAUGAUCUCGAACUGAACAAAGCCGUCAGCAGUAAGCUGAACCGAGCGCAGCAACAGCAGCAGCAAUGCCUUGAAGACGACCUAGAGGCACGUCUCCGAGCGGAGCACUUCCUUUCCCACGUGCCGAAGACUGAACUGAAACACUAUGCUGAACUUGCCCACGUACUGGAAACGACAACCGUCGAAGGAGCCACUGCUCCCUUGGAAGAACUGUACGAUCGCACCAGGCUAAGGCAUGAGGUGAGCCGGGCUUUAUCUCAGCGCAAGAAUGUGUCUUUCAAUCAGGCUACACCGGCGACUGGCGCAGUCAAUACUACUCCAGUUCGACAGCAGCAGCCACAGCUGCUUCGGCCAACCGAUAUUCGGUUCUCUACACCUCCCAACACGCCAAAUAUGUCGGUGACGAUGGCCCAAAAGCCACCCCAAAAGCCGGUCACUUCACCUGUCAGCACUGAACGCGAGAAGCAGGAUAAAAUUCAGUCAAAUCGCUUCCGCCGGUUGCAAAUACAGUGGGAACUGCUAAGCAAGGAAGGACAACAGCUGAAACAGGAACUACAGCAUCCAAGAAGUGGCGGCAACACGCCGACCACGGUCAUGAAGUCGAGAAUUCCGAGGCCUGUCAGCUAUCCGACGACGCGGGCUAACUCGGAUCCGGUGGUGAGCAAAACUCUACGAUCGCCAAGCCGCAUUGUGCCACCGAAGAAGUACAACGCCGGUUCGGCAGUGAAUGUGGCCGUGGUGUCGCCCCAGCAGACGACUCCACCCAUGCCGGCCCCGAGGACACCCAGCAAGCUACUGCACACGACACCGAAGAAGACUGCUGCCUCCCCGGCUGCUGUCGGUACGCCGAGACCGGCCACCCGCACACGGAUUCCGCUAGGUUCCGGUCAAACUCCUGCUGGUGGAAAGACAACAACGGUGACUACGACGCCGGUGGCGAAGGCGGUGGUGGUGAAGAAGUUGGUGACGCCUACCUCUGCCAAAGUCACUGCUAAAAUCAGCAGCAAAGCAAGUACCAAACAGCCGCCGCAACGGCCAAUCGGUGGGCGGCCGAAGGCGGCAGCAGCGUGCGAAGCUUGAAAAUCGACAACCGGGAUAAAUUUGCUAUUCUGCGGCAGCAGUUGUAAGUAGAGAAAAUGGGGGUGCCUCACCGGGUUUCCCUCCCCCUGUGUAUUAUAGUAAGCUUAGAGAUAGUCCUAAAAGUGAAGUGUUUAGCGUUAGGAGUUGUAUUCGGUUUAUUUUUUUCUCUACAGACACCACACAGAUUUACACAGAGAAAAGAAAAUUGGCGUAGAGAGAAGCUAACUACUAAAUCCUCGUAGUAGUUGGAGGUUCAGUCAGUGAAAGCAAGGAUAGGUAUUUUUUCUGUAUAAAAUUAGUAUCCUAAAGUGAGAAAGAAUACUUACACACUCAAACAAUGUAGAGAAUAAAACCCAAAUCGAUGUAGGUUGCAGCAUCAGUAGUAGUAGAGAAAAAAAAAACAACAGCAAAAAGAAGGAUGUGAAUAUUUUCAGGCUUUUUUCCCUUUUCGCUUAUAUUUGUCGUGUAGCCUUUAGCCUAUGUAGUAACAUAUACAUAUUUUUUUACCCAAAUCAAACGCUGAAAACUACGCUAUCCUAUCAGAAUUAUAUUUGUACUCUCGUAUAUCUUUUUAGAUGAAAAAAUGCUCGAAUGUGGCAGAUAAAAGUUGUUAGAAAUUACCGCUUACACAAAUGAAAAACACACUCUCUGACACACACAUAUACAUUCACACAUCACAUUUGUAGGCGCGCUUUACAUACAAAGCAAAGAGAAGAAUAAAAAAACCUGAACGAAUAAUCCAAACAGCUAAGUCAUUAAAUUUAAGAUGUUUAUUAUACACAUACAAAACAUACAUGUGCAAAAAUUUAAAUAGGAUGUACUGAAAAAAAAAAAAACGAGACGGGGGGAAUCGAACCACAAUCUUGAGCUUAAGAGAGGUAUGAAACAGGGACCCGUGGGUCCCGCGGCAAAAGUGUGCAUUUCGAAAUGAUUUAUUGUAAUCUAUUUUAAUUUUUUUUUCACUCCUGUACUGUAUAAGUAUUAACCGUGUCGAACGAAGAUAUGACUCACCUUUCUCUUCCUUCCUCAACAAAAAAAAAACUACUUCACGUUUCAAGUUCCUAGCUAGGGGCAAUCUACACUAGCGAUGUGAUUGCGCUAAUCUCCUCAAGCGUUCUGUUUUCUUUCUACCAGCCAUCGCGCGCGCGUCGUUCAGUUAUUAGAAUCGAGAAAACGAUCGGUAUUCAGAGAGAGUCAUUAGGACAAGCGAAAUGUGUGUAAUGUGAUUAGCAUGUAGGAAGCAGAGAAAAAAGGGGUUUACGAUGUUACGAGUUACGAAACAAUAGUAUGAACACAACAAACGUGUGUGUGUGGGGGGGAGAUAAUCACCGAAACCGUGAAUUGUGAUGCAUUUUGUUCAGUAGCUAGCUUAGUUUUGCCUGACGACUCGAAUUAUAGAAACCAGAAGAAGUGAAACCAAUGAGCAACGAUAAGUUUUAGUUGCGUUUUAGUUUUGUUCUAUUUUCGAAAUCAACGACACACAACGCCGGUUUUUUUUUAUUGUUGCAAUCCAUAAGGAACACGGUAUCGACAGCAAGAAGUAAAAAGCGGGCAGAAAAUCGAAUCCGAAUCAAUUCCAAUAGCAUUACGUUAAUCGCUUAAGCCAUCGUCAUUUUCAUUCGACAAUUUAUUAAGUAGUGUGCCAUAAACAAAGUUUUCUUUUUUUCGUUUCGGUGUUUUAAUUUUUUGUUGUUAGUUUUUUAGUUGCUUGUAAUCCUUUUUUUUUCGUUUGUACCACUGCUUUGACAAUGAACGCUCAGCUUGAGAAUUGUUUAGGAAGUGAGCGAAAAGACACACACCUUUGAACAGUAGUUUCCUGUCCCUUUCGACACUGUUUAAUAAUCAUGCACACCCCAAAACGCUCGUAGUCAUUCGAUAGAAAAUUAUAAGAUACUCAUUGAAAAGAAAAAUUUGUUAUACAAAAAGGUAACGUUUAAUCAAAGCAUGUUAAGUCUAUACUAUAGCACUGGCGCGAAAUAUUUUCGUUUGGAACAAACAGAGUUAGACACACAAUCGACACAUCAAUGAACUCAUCUCCUUUAUCCUCCCGUUCCUUUUUCAAACAUUUUUGUACUCGCAAAGUAUUCAAAACACUCACGAAAUCGUAAAUCAUAAUCGUAAAGAGCAGACAAAAAAUCAAUCUCGGCUGCGUAUGUUCUAUAUUUUGGCUUCGCUUGGCAUUGUAUUGGGAUUAUAUAGUAUAUAUAUACACACAAACACACACACCAGCAUAUUAGUGGAACAUAUUACAUAUACACCUUGAAGGUAAAAAUUACGGUUAGUCAGAAGAAAAAAAAAAUGAAUAACAUAAAAGCGCUAAAUUAAUACAAAACAGCAAAACGAAACAAAAAAACACAAAACAAACAAACAAUAGGGCCAUGCUAAUCGAGAUAACCAACCCAUGGUGAAUAAUAAUAAUAAUACAUUGAGGAGGACAAAAACCAAAACAAUAAACAUAUACUAUUGUCUA